AUGGAGUUGACCAAAAGCUAUAAGAAUUGGACAUUUCACGGAGAACCUUGGGAAGCAACUACUAAUGCUAGUAGAAAUGUUGAAGAAGAUGAUGACCAUAGUAGGUACAGUUUUGUGUCUGAAGAAAUAGAGAUGGAUGAUAAUGAUUUUGGUGAUUUUGGAUCCGAUCCUUAUGAGUUUGCCAAUGUGAUUGGGGAUGGAGAUCAACCAUUGUACCCUGGUUGUAGAAAGUACACGAAGUUAUCGGCAUUAGUGAAGUUGUAUAAUUUGAAGGCAAAACAUGGGAUGAGUGAUGUCUGUUUUACAGAAUUAUUGAUACUUCAAGGCGAUUUGCUUCCAGAAGGAAAUACAAUACCGGCCUCUAUGUAUGAGGCAAAAAAGACUUUGUGUGCAUUGGGGCUGAGUUAUGAGAAAAUGCACGCAUGCCCCAAUGAUUGCAUCUUGUAUAGGAAGGAGUAUGAAGAUUCAACUAAUUGUCCUACUUGUGGUAUCUCAAGGUGGAAGGAAGGCAAAGAUUCAAUCUUGAAAGAGGGUGUGCCAGCGAAGGUGGUGUGGUAUUUUCCUCCAAUUCCAAGGUUUAAAAGGAUGUUUCGAUCACAUGAGACAGCUAAGAGUUUGACUUGGCAUGCUGCUAGAAAAUCAAUUGACGGUCAAAUGUCUCAUCUGGCGGAUUCCCCGUCUUGGAAACUUCUUGAUGAUAAAUGCCCGAGUUUGACGUCUACUUGGAGCCUUUUGAUUGAUGAUUUAAAAUCUUUGUGGGAUGGGAUUAGAGGAGUGUAUGAUGCACAUAAUGGAGAAUACUUUACACUCAGAGCUGCAUUAAUGUGGACAAUUAAUGAUUUCCCCGCCUAUGGAAACUUAUCUGGUUGUGUUGUUAAAGGAUAUAAAGCUUGUCCAAUAUGCGGCGAUGAUACACCUAGUCACAGGUUGAAAAAUGGCCACAAAAUUUGUUACAUUGGGCAUAGAAAAUGGUUACCAAUCAAUCAUCCAUAUAGGAGGCAACGUGCAGCUUUUAAUGGGAAACCUGAAUAUGGCACGCCUCCCGAGCCAUUAACCGGAGAAGAAGUGCUGCAUAUGGUUGAAGAUGGUGACAGAGUUUGUUGGAAGAAGAAAUCAAUAUUCUUUGAUCUCGAGUAUUGGAAAUACCUUCCUGUGAGGCAUGUCCUAGAUGUUAUGCACAUUGAGAAGAAUGUUUGCGAUAGUAUCAUUGGUACAUUGCUGGAGAUCCCUGGAAAAAAUAAAGAUGGGAUUGCUGCUCGAUUAGAUUUAUUGAACAUGGGGGUCAAAAUGAUUUGCAACCCGAGUAUGGAGAAAGACGUACUCGUUUGCCUCCCGGGCCUUGGAAUUUGUCAAGAGCAGAGAAGAGAGAGAUAUAUGAAAGUGCUAAAGGGGUAUGUUCAGAAUCGUACUCGUCCCGAAGGUUGCAUUGCUGAGCGUUGGAGUGCCUUCAAGCCAAAAGAUGGAGUUUCAAAGCCAUUAUCAGGUUGCACAGUGAGCGUAGUUGAUCGGGACCUGUUGAACCAAGCACAUCUAUAUGUCUUGGAGAAUACGGAGGAAGUCCUACCUUAUAUCGAGCAACAUAUGAUCCACAUCAAGACCGCUUAUCCAAAAUUUAGAAAGAGAACAAAGUGGCUGCAAGAUAAGCACAAUAGCACUUUCAUUCAAUGGCUACGCUUCAAGGUUCAAAGUGAACUUAAUGAGGAAGACAAUCAUGGCGUAUCAGAAAAUUUAAGGUGGCUAGCAGCUGGUCCAAACAUGGCAGUGCCAUCAUAUAGGAGCUAUCUUAUUAAAGUCGACGAAUUUGGAUUUACCCUUGUAGAUUUGAGUAAAAUUGGACAUAGGAAUGACCAAUUUGUUUUGGCUUCUCAAGUCAAACAAGUAUUUUUUGUUGACGACCAGAUGCAUCGUGGUUGCUCUGUAGUGUUAUCAAUGCCUAAUAGAGAAUAUAAUGAUGUUAUUGGUGAUGAUGUCUUAGGUGAUGUGAGAAUUGAGUGUGAGCCAUUUACUAGAGAUAUGCCAAAUGUUGACACAUUUGAUGAACUGGUGGGUGAGUUUGGGAGUCAAAAUAUUCGAGAUGGGUGUGAAGAUAUAUGGAUUGAAUGA